AUGGCUUCAAAUAUCCCGUCCGAGCAAUGGGCACAGGUGGUUGAAAAGACAGGCGGGCCCAUCGUGUACAAGAAGAUUCCAGUCCAAAAGCCCGGUCCAGAUGAGGUUCUCAUCAACAUCAAGUACUCUGGUGUCUGCCACACCGAUCUCCACGCCAUGAUGGGUGACUGGCCGUUGGACACCAAGCUCCCUCUCGUCGGUGGGCAUGAAGGUGCUGGUGUCGUCGUGGCUCUCGGAUCUCUUGUUGAGGAUAUCCAAAUUGGUGAUUAUGCUGGUGUAAAGUGGAUCAACGGUACCUGCCUGCAAUGCAGUUUCUGCCAACAAGCGGACGAGCCCCUCUGUGCCAAGGCACUCAUGUCUGGUUAUACAGUCGACGGAACAUUCCAACAAUACUGCAUCGCCAAAGCUGCACACGUCGCCCGGAUCCCCAAGGACUGCGAUCUCGAGGCAAUCGCACCCAUCCUUUGCGCAGGUAUCACCGUCUACAAGGGACUGAAGGAGUCGGGAGCGCGUCCAGGCCAGACUGUAGCAAUUGUCGGUGCGGGAGGAGGUCUCGGAUCCUUGGCUUGCCAGUACGCUAAGGCCAUGGGCAUUGAGGUCAUCGCUAUUGACAGCGGUGAAGAGAAGAAGGCCAUGACUGCAAAGCUUGGAGCCAGACACUUCGUUGACUUCUCGACCACUAAGGAUCUGGUAGGCGAUGUGAAGGCUCUGACUGAGGAUGGUCUUGGACCACAUGCUGCCAUCCUAGUUGCCGUGAACGAGAAGCCAUUUCAGCAGGCGACGGAGUACCUCCGACCCCGUGGAGUCGUCGUUGCUAUCGGGUUACCAGCUGGUGCCUACCUUCGCGCUCCAGUCUUCGAGUCCGUCAUCAGGAUGAUCAGCAUCAAGGGCUCAUAUGUCGGCAACAGACGUGACACCGCUGAGGCUAUUGAGUUCUUCAGACGUGGUCUGAUCAAUGCGCCAUACAAGCGCUGUGGUCUGAGUGAAUUGCAAAAGGUGUACGAUCUCAUGCUGGAAGGGAAGCUUGCCGGGCGUUAUGUUGUCGAUACAUCGAAAUGA